GGCUGGGCUUUGGUUCGGUUGUAUUUUGAAGGUGUUUCAUUCAGGUCCGAGUCGCGUGCGAUCUGAAGAUGACAUUCUCAACCGUUGACAUUACAACCGAGAAGGAUGGCGGCAAGUCGAGGGAUAAAAAGUGGCCCUGGUUUGGAGCACCCAUCUAUGCCGCCGCAGCCUUUGCCCUAUUUUAUGCCACCGUGUUGCCCAGUUUCCAUAGUUAUCCGAAGAUGUUGUACCAAAGUGAGGAGUCACUGCAUCCGGAUGAAUUCAUUGGAGAGCGGGCAAUGAAACAGUUGGCGGAAUACUCGUCGAUUGGCAACAAAAUGAGUGGUUCCAUCAACAACGAGGUGCACACUGUGAACUUUCUGCUGAGAGAGAUUCAAAAAAUCAAGGAUGAAGCUCGAACGGAUCUCUACGUCAUCGAAGUGGACACACAGUACUCCUCGGGAGGUUUCUACCUCUGGGGCAUGACGAUAUCAUAUCGAAAUCUCUCCAAUGUUGUGGUGAAAAUAUCCCAGAAGAGUUCGAGCAAUGAGAACUAUCUGCUGGUGAACUCCCACUACGAUUCGGAGGUCCAAACUCCGGCUGCUGGAGAUGAUGGCGUCAUGGUGGUGGUCAUGCUGGAAACCCUUCGAGUGAUUUCGUUAUCCGAAAAACCCCUAUCCCAUCCUGUGGUGUUCCUGUUCAAUGGUGCCGAAGAGGCCUGCAUGCUCGGUUCCCAUGGAUUCAUCACUCAGCACAAAUGGGCCAAGAACUGCAAAGCCUUGGUGAAUCUGGACUCCACUGGCGCCGGUGGACGGGAGGUGCUCUUCCAAACUGGUCCGAAUCACCCGUGGCUGGCCAAAUACUACCACGCGACUGUUCCGCAUCCGUAUGCCCAAACUCUGGCCGAGGAGCUGUUCCAGCACAACUUCAUACCCUCGGACACUGACUUUCGCAUUUUCCGCGAUUACGGAGGAGUUCCUGGUCUCGAUAUGGCCAGUGUGAUGAAUGGAUACGUCUACCACACGGAGUUCGAUAACUUCCGGAAUGUGGAACAUGGCACUUAUCAGUCGACGGGAGAGAACGUACUUCCUCUAAUUUGGGCAUUGGCCAAUGCUCCCGAAUUGGAUGACACCGCUGCUCAUGAGAAAGGACACACUGUUUACUACGAUUUCCUGGGAUGGUUCAUGUUGACCUACACCGAAAACGUGAGCCUUGCCAUUAACGUGGUGGUUUCCGUGGUGGCUUUUGUUUGCAUUGGCACCUCGGUUUACAUAAUGACUCUGGAUAAUGGUGCGGAUGCCACGAAAGCGGUGAUAAUGCGAUUUGGCGUCAUCUUUUUGGUGCAAGCGGGAACUUUCCUUGUGGCCUGUGGUUUGACCCUUCUGGUGGCUCUCUUUAUGCAAGGAGUUGGUUUGGCUGAAUCCUGGUACCAUGGAAAAUGGAUGGCUUUUGGACUGUAUUUCUGCACUCUGUUCUUUGUUUUUGGAAUACUGCCUUCCUUGUACAUUGGAUUCACGAAGAGGAAAACCAACAUGAAGUUGGAUCAGACAAUCGCCUGCUUUAUGCACGCCCAGUGCAUUUUGUUGGCUUUGCUCUGCAUUAUAAUGACCAGUAUGGGAAUACGAUCCAGCUAUUUCCCCAUGGUUGGGAUCUUUUUUUACGCGAUUUCUGUUUUGGUUCAAAUUAUACUGAAGCUAACUAUUAAAAAGAGUUACUUUGUCACGGUUCAUCUUUUGUGCCAAGUGCUGCCCUUCUUCUUCUACACUUAUAUUUGCUAUGCAACCCUGGUGACCUUUGUGCCCAUGGAAGGUCGCGAUGGUCCCGAAAGCAGUCCCGAUAUCAUGGUAGCAGUUUUUAUCAUAGCCACCGCUAUUAACUAUGCUGGUUUUGUGAUUCCAAUCAUGCACAAGUUCCGCAAGCCCAAGACUAUUUUCUCCUCUUUUGGUGUGAUGACUAUCAUUUUCAUCAUCAUGGCUUGCACAUCCGCUGGUUUUCCAUUUGUAAAGGAGGUGGCUCCUCAACGUUAUUAUGUGCUGCACACCCAGCGAACCUUCCACAACGUGGAUGGCACCACCAAACAGGACUCUGGUUACUAUAUUCAGCCUGUGGAUACGCGUCUCCAUGAAUUGGAUGACACUACUUUCAAAAAUGCAGAGCCAGAAAGUUGGACAGCAGCCACUUGUGCCGCUGAGCCUUACUGUGGUUUACCCCUGUACAGUGGACGCUGGAUAGAUUGGAAAAACUCAGCUCGUUGGAUCUACAGCACUCCACCCGUCAUUCCAUUGACCACAAAUCUCACCCAGAUUUCAAAACAAUCCUUGGGUGGCAACAAAGUGCGCUAUGAGUACAAUCUUAUAGCCAGUGAUCGCGUGAUGAUGUACAUACAUCCUUUGGAUCAAGUUAAGGUCACAGAUUGGUCCUUCGAUCAGACUCCCUUGGAGGAGAACCACACUCCACCGUAUCUGAUAUAUUCGAUAUACUCCCUCACCGAAGAGCCACUCAACUUUUGGGUGGAACUCGAGCACGAGGAGAGCAACACGGAUGGACCCCAUAUGAAGCUGGUGGUUUCGGAGCACUUCCAGUACCAUCCGGAACACUACACCGAGGACUUCAAGGAGUUCCUCGCAUCCUUUCCCGAGUGGACCUACACCACCGAUUGGUUCUCGGCUCUGGAGAGCUGGAUCGUUUAGGCAGCGACGAGAAUAUAGAAUCCCAAACUGGCUUAUCUUAACAAAUAAGUUAUAGUAUAUUUUAAUAAAAUUACAAAGUAGUAACUA